AUGGGACACAUUCUAUUCAAGAACCAGAUCCAUCUCCAGGUGGUGAAGGGGCUGGAGGAUGUGGAGGUGUGUGAGAGUGAGGGCUGCACGUUCGAGGUGACCCUCAACCUGUCCUACAUAGUGGGCACCUGGACCAAAGAUGGGGUCAGGCUAAAGUCCAAGCCCACCUGUCGCAUCACUACCCAUAAGAAUAAACACACUCUCACCUUCACCCGGGUCACCAUAGGAGACACUGGCUUGUUCUCCUUCCAGACUGACGGGAACCAAAACUGGAUCCAAACCUCAGGCCAACUCACUGUCAUAGCCAGAGACAUACAGAUUGUGAAGGAGUUGGAAGAUGAGGAAGUGACUGAGAGACAGAGUGUGACCUUCCUGUGUGAGGUCAACUAUGAGGACGUGGACGGGCGUUGGUACAGAGACAACACCAGGAUCAAACACGGAGACAACGUCAAGAUCAGGCACGAGGGUAAAACUCACUCCAUGUGCUUCAAGUCUGUAAGGCCAGCAAUUGCUGGGGAGAUCAAAUUCACUGCUGACAGGAUCUCCUCCUAUGCAACUCUCACGGUAAAAGAGCUACCUGUGCAGAUAGUGAAGCCUCUGAGAGUGAAGAUUGCGAUGUACAAACACAAAGGACUGCUGGAGUGCCAGGUGUCCAGGGCCAAUGCCCUGGUCAGGUGGUUCAAGAACAGGCAUGAGAUCCAGCCCAGUAAGAAGCACCAGAUUGUUAGCGACGAUGUCUACAGGCAGCUGCACAUUGAUGACGUGGCCUCAUCUGACGAGGACACCUACACCUGUGAUGCUGGCGAUGACAAGACCUCCUGCCAGCUGCUAGUGGAGGAGCAGGCUAUCAGCAUAGUGCGGGGGCUGAGGUCUGUGGAGGUGACCGAGCCCAGGGAGGCCCUGUUCCAGGUGGAGACCAGCCUGAGGGCGGGGAGAUCCCCCAAGUGGACCUUGGAUGGAAAGGUCCUGAUGGAGGGGCCUGAACUGACCAUAGACCGGGAGGGCACACUGCACACCCUCUGCUUCAUCAGCACAGACAGCUCUAUGACCGGCCCUGUGCAGUUCAACGCCGGGAAGAGCCGCUCCACGGCACAGCUCACCGUUAAGGAGCGCCCUCUGAAGGUGGUCCAGCCCAUGUCAGAUGUGGAGGCUAAAGAGAACAGCUCGGUCACACUGAGCUGUCAGUUCGCCCCCUCCCCAAGGGUGGUGCACUGGUACAGGGGCCGCACCGCCCUGCAGACAUCCAGCAAGUACAGCAUGAGGACGGAGAAGAGCCAGGCAGAGCUGACCAUCCAGGGCCUCAAGGAGACCGACACUGGCCAGUACAGCUGCAUGGCUGGAGGGUCAAAGAGCACGGCCAAGGUCACUGUGGAGGUGCGAAGGCUAAAGAUCGUAAGGCACCUGGAGCACAUGAAGGUGGAAGAGGAUAGCAACGCCACGUUCACAUGUGAACUCAACUACGUAGUAGCCAACGUGCAGUGGCUUCUGAACGACAACCACCUCAAUGCCAACACUUUUACCAGGAUUCAGAACAUGGGCACCAUUCACAGCCUCACCAUCAAAAAGCUCUGCCCACAGGAGAGCAGGGUGACCUUCAAGGCCGGCCUUCUCACAGAGUCCACAUCCCUCAAGGUCAAAGAAAAGCCAGCAGUGUUCCUCAGGUCUCUAGAAGACAUGUCAGGGGAGGAGGAGGGGAAGGUGUGUCUGCAGUGUGAGACCUCUAAGGAAACGGUCACCCCCGUCUGGAGGAAGGAUGGUACGGUCCUGGCCAGCAGUGACAAAUAUGAGCUGCUCAUGUUUGGGAAGUCCUUAACCCUCAUCAUCCAUAGUCUGAGUAAGGAUGAUGCAGGCCACUACAGCUGUGACCUGGGCACUAGCCAGACCAAGGCCAAGGUCACUGUACAUGACCUUCACAUCACCAUCGCCCAGCGUAUGAAGACCGUCUCUGUUCUGGAGGGUGAGAGUUGCAGUUUCGAGUGCGUCCUCUCUCACGACGUCAUCGACGAGCCCUCCUGGACCCUGAACGGUCAACUUGUGAUCAGCAACAGCCGCAUCCAGAUCGUAAACAAGGGCCGCAAAUACAAGAUGACCAUCAGAGAUGCAACUAUGACUGAAGCUGGGGACAUAGUCUUCUUCAUUAAAGACCUCAGCUGCAGGACCAUGCUGUUCGUCAAAGAGAAGCCAGUGCAUGUGUUCAGGGACAUGAUGAGCGUUAAAGCCACCCCAGGGGAGGACGCUGAACUGAGCUGUGAGAUCACCAAGCCUGAGGCCUUCAUCCGUUGGCUGAAGAACGGCCAUCAGAUCAGGCACAGCCCCCCCAAGUACGAGAUUAGUGUGGAGGAGCACCUGGUACGGCUGGUGAUCGCGAACACCUGCAUCAGAGACUCUGGGGAGUACUGCUGUGAGGCCGAUGGCAUCGCCACCCGGGCCAAGCUGGAGGUCAGAGAGCUGCAGCACUCAUUUUCACGGGAGCUGCGGGACACACAGGCCGAGGAGAAGAGCAAGGUGAUGCUGGAAUGCGAGACGAGACUGCCGGCCAAGCGGGUGACCUGGCUGAAGGGCAUGGCGGAGCUCCGGGCGGGCAAGAAGUAUGUGAUGAAGCAGAAGGGUGUGGUCCUCUACCUCACCAUCAGCUGCCUGGAGAAGGGUGACACCGACGUGUACACCUGCGAUGUUGGCACCAUGCAGAGCCGGGCGCUACUGACCGUGCAUGGUCAGAAGGUGUUGAUCAUGGACGAGCUGGAGGAUGUUGAGUGUCUGGAGAAUGACACAGUGAUGUUCAGGUGUCGUAUCUGUCCCAGCGACUAUGUUGGGGUCAAUUGGUACCUGGAUGAGACCUUACUGUACACCAACGAGCUGAAUGAGAUCCAGGUGAUCCCGGGGGGCUACCACAGCCUCACGUUCAAACAGCUGGCUCGUAAAGAUUCAGGCACCAUCUCAUUUGAGGCAGGCGACAAGAGAUCCUACGCCUCACUGCUUGUUAGAGAGCGACGUCCCACCAUUACCAAAGCAUUGGAGGACUGUGAGGCCAUUGAGGGAGGCAGUUUGGUGCUGGUGUGUAUGACCUCUAAGCCAUGCCACAUCCUGUGGUACAAAGAUGGCUGCCUAAUGUGGAUUUCCUCAAGGUACUAUGUCAGUCGCUCAGGUAACGAGGCCAGGCUGACCAUCAGGGAGGUCAGUAACAGUGAUGCAGGGGUGUACGAGUGCAGCGCUGGAUCGGUUAGCACCAAGGCUGUCGUCACUGUAAAAGCCAUCCCAGCUGAGUUCACCCAGCCGCUGCGGAGCAUGGAGGUAAAGGAGGGGGAGGAUGUGACCCUGUCUUGUGAGUUCUCCCUGCCGGGGGUUGCAUUCCACUGGAGGAGGGGCUUGGAGACCCUCAGAGCUGGAGAGAGGUACCUGAUGAAGCAGAAGAAGUCCUUCAUCUCUUUGACCAUUACUGGCCCGAAGCCUCAGGACUCAGGAGAUUACACCUGUCAGUGCCGAGACCACAGAACCACAGCCACCCUCACAGUACACGCUAUCCCCAUCUCCUUCAAACAACAGUUGAAAAAUGUUCAGGCUGAGGAGGGCAACAGUUUUACAUUGCGCUGUGAGCUUUCUAAACCAGGAGUGCCUGUAGAGUGGAAGAAAGGGGAGGAGCUGGUAAAGAAUGGAGUGAAGUUCCAGAUAAGGAAGAGAGAGACCAUAUCGGAGCUUCAGAUAUGGAAAACUGUGCCUGAAGACAGUGGAGUCUAUAGCUGUGAGUGUGCAGACCAAAAGACCACAGCCACCGUCAAAAUCAGCGCCCUGCCUGUUACCUUCAAACAAAAGCUGAGGAACGUGCAGUUUGAGGAGGGGAACAAUUUGGUGUUACACUGUGAGCUCUCUAAACCAGGAGUCCCUGUUGAAUGGAUGAGGGGAGGAGAGGAGCUUCUGAACAAUGGAGAGAAGUUUCAGAUAAGACAGAGAGAGUUGGUGAAUGAACUGAAGAUAAUAGAUGCGAAACCUGAAGACAGCAAUAUCUACACCUGUGUUUGUGGCAAUGUGGAGACCACAGCCGGUGUUACGGUCACAGCAAUUCCCAUCACUUUCAAGCAAAAGCUGAGGAACCUGCAGACUGAGGAAGGGAACACCAUCUCGCUGCACUGUGAGCUGUCUAAAGCAGGGGUCCCAGUGGAGUGGAGGCUGGGAGGAGAGAUGAUACUGCAGAAUGGAGACAAAUACCAGAUCAAGCAGACAGACUCAGCACUGGAACUCCUCAUCAGGGAGGCUCUGCCAGAGGACAGUGGAGUCUACAGCUGUGUGUGUCGAGACCAGAAGACAAAGGCCACUGUCAAAGUCAUUGCUGUACCUGCCACCUUCAAAGUGGGUCUGAAGAACCAGGAGGCCCCAGAGGAGGGUAGCGUAACCCUGCACUGUGAGCUGUCUAAGGCUGGGGUCUCAGUGGAGUGGUGGAGGGGGGAAACAGAACUGUCCCAAAACCUGUCUGGAGGAAAGUACCAGAUGAAACUGGAGGGGAAAAUAGUUGAGAUGACCAUUACCAAUGUGCAACCAGAGGACAUAGGGAAGUACAGCUGUGUCACUGCAGACCAGAAGACCACAGCUGAAGUUAAAGUGCAAGCUCUCCCUGUGACGUUCAAGCGGCAGCUCCAGAACAUGGUGAUCAUAGAGGGGGACAGUGGGGAGUUCUGUUGUGAGCUCUCAAAGCCUGGAGACCCCGUGGACUGGAGGAGGGGCAGAGUCAUCCUAAAGUCUGGAGACAAAUAUGAGAUGAAGCAGGAGGGACGCAUCACUAAAUUGCUCAUCCAUAACGUGGAGGAGAGGGAUGCUGGGAAAUACACCUGUAAGAGUAAAGAUGCCAAGUCAACUGCUGAACUGACCGUGAAGGGCCUACCCCCCACUUUCAAUGAACAGCUGAGGAACAUGGAAGUUGAGGAGGGUGAGACUGUGACGCUACACUGUGAACUGUCUAAAGCAGCAGCCUCAGUCGAGUGGAAGAGGGGAGCAAAGCUAUUGAAGAAUGUAGACAAGUACCAAAUGAGGAAGAAAGAUUUACUGGUGGAAUUGAAGAUUAUCGAUGCAAAUCUGGAGGACAGUGGGGUUUACACCUGUAUUUGUGGUGAACAAAAGACCACAGCAACUGUUACAAUAAAGGCUCGCCCUGUCACAUUUAUAGAAGAGUUAAGGAAUGUUCAGGUUGAGGAGGGCAACAAUGUGACGUUGCGCUGUGAGCUCUCUAAACCAGGGAUGUCAGUUGAAUGGAAGAGAGGAACAGAUCUUCUGCAGAACGGAGAGAAGUACCAGAUGAAGCAGAAAGAUGCAACGUUAGAGCUGGUCAUCAGGAAAACCUUCCCUGAGGACAGUGGAGUCUACAGUUGCGUGUUGGAAGACCAGAAAACAUUUGCCACCAUCAUUAUCACUGCCAUGCCAGUCACUUUCAAGCAGAAGUUGAAAAAUCAAGAGGCUCUAGAAGAGGGCAGCGUGAUGUUGCGUUGUGAGCUGUCUAAAUCAGGGGUCCCUGUGGUGUGGCUGAAGGGAGAGGAGCUGCUGAGGGAAGGUGAGAGGCACCAGAUGAAGCAGGAGGGCAGGACCGUGGAGAUGGUCAUCAGGAAUGUGGUCCUUCAGGACGCUGGGGAGUACAGCUGUGUCACAGCCUGCAACAUCAAGACAGCAGCUGAUAUCAAAGUUAGGGCUCUCCCUGUAAUAUUCACACAAGAGGUCCAGAAUGUGGAGAUUAAAGAGGGGGACAGUGGGGAGUUCUUCUGUGAGCUUUCCAAACCUGGAGCCCCAGUGGACUGGAGGAGGGGAAGAGUCAUCCUGAAGUCUGGAGACAAAUAUGAGAUGAAGCAGGAAGGACGCAUCACUAAACUGCUCAUCCAUAAUGUGGAGGAGAGUGAUGCUGGGAAAUACACCUGUAAGAGUAAAGAUGCCCAGUCAACUGCUGAACUGACCAUGAAGGCUCCUCCCGUCACGUUCAAGGUGAAGUUGAAGAACCUGGAAGUUGAGGAGGAGAACAGUGUGACGUUAUUCUGUGAGCUCUCUAAACCAGGACUGACGGCAGAGUGGAGAAAGGGAGAGGAGCUGCUGAAGAACGGAGUAAAGUACCAGAUAAAGAAGAGAGAGGCAACAAUGGAACUGACAAUAAGGAACGCAGUGCUUGAGGACACCGGAUUCUACAGCUGUUUUUACGCAGAAGCCAAAACCACCGCCACUGUCAACAUCACCCCCAUCCCUGUCACCUUCAAGAUGGGUCUUAAGAACCAGGAGGCCUCAGAGGGGGGCAUCGUGACCCUGCGCUGUGAGCUGUCUAAGGCUGGGGUCCCAGUGGAGUGGUGGAAAGGGGAGGAGGAGGUGAGCCCUGGAGGAAGGUACCAGAUGAAGCUGGAGGGAAAAAUAGCAGAGUUGCACAUCAAGAACAUCCAGCCAGAGGACGUGGGGGAGUACAGCUGUAUAUUCGGAGAUCAGAAAACCACUGCUGAAGUCAACGUGAGAGCUGCUGCCUCAGUGUUCUUUGAAAAGGAGCUGGAGAGCAAUGUGGUGAUGGAGGGGAAGUCCGUGGUCCUCUCCUGUGAGGUCUCCAGCGCCACCGUCCCCGUCACCUGGAAGAAGGACGCCUGCCUGGUCACAGAUGGGGAGAGGUUCACUGUGGGAAAAAAAGGUCCCGUUCACACCCUGGAGAUCAAGAAGCUAAGUCUGGAGGAUGCCGGGGAGUACAGCUGCAUCACUAGGGGAAAGAAGACCACAGCCAUGCUGGUUGUGAAAGAGCGUGUGAAAAUAUUGUCAGGUCUGAAGGACAUGAAGAUCAUAGCCGGGCAGGACGCAGUGUUUGUGUGUGAGCUGUCCCACGCUGAGGUGAGUGAAGGCGAGUGGUGGCUGGGCUCCAGCCCCCUGCAGAAGAACGAAAUGAACCAGAUGAGCUUUGAGGGCCACCAGCACCGCCUGGUCUUGACCAUGACCACCCCGGAGGAGACCGGGACAGUGGCCUUCUUGGUCGGGGAGGAGAGGACUUCUGCCCAACUGCUAGUUGUCCCCAAACCCAAAGUACUCAUUGAAAAGAAGCCCCAGGACAUUGACAUCAUGGAAGGGGAGACGGCCACCUUAUCCUGUAUGACCUCUGACCUCAUUACCCCUGUCACAUGGAGAAGGAACAACAUGCCCCUACUGAAUGGAGACAAGUAUGAGACGCGUAAGAAGGGCAAGCUCAACGUACUGCUCAUCCAUGAGACAGAACCAGAGGACUCUGGGAUAUACUCCUGUGACACUGGAGACAUGCAGAGCGGUGCCAAUCUGACGGUCAAUGAGCUACCACCGUACUUCGAGGAGGAGCUGCAGGCUGUGGAGGCUGAGGAGGGUGGCACAGCCUUUCUGUUUUGUGAGCUGUCUAAGCCUGGGGUCCCAGUCCAGUGGAGGAAAGGCCGGCUGCCUCUCCAGCCCAACAGGAAGUACCAGAUGAAGCAGGACGGCUGUGUGUUUCAGCUACACAUCAUGGAGCUGAAAAAGGAAGACAGUGGCAGCUACACGUGCCAGGCAGAUGGCGUGGAGACCACAGCCUUUGUGUCUGUGAAAGUUAAAGUACUCAUUGAGAAGAAUCCCCGGGACACUGUCAUCAUGGAAGGAGAGACGGCCACCUUAUCCUGUACGACCUCUGACCUCACUACCCCUGUCACAUGGAGACUCAACAACAUGCCCCUACUGAACAGAGACAAGUAUGAGAGCCGUAAGGAGGGAAAGCUCAACCUGCUUCUCAUCCACAAUGUGGACCCAGAUGACUCUGGGAUAUACUCGUGCGACACUGGAGACAUGCAGAGCAGUGCCAAUCUGACUGUCACAGAGCUGCCUCCAUACUUUGAGGAGGAGCUGCAGGCUGUGGAGGCUGAGGAAGGGGGCACAGCCUUCCUAUCCUGUGAGCUGUCUAAGCCUGGAGUCCAAGUCCAGUGGAGGAAGGGCCGGCUGCCUCUCCAGCCCAACAGGAAGUACCAGAUGAAGCAGGACGGCUGUGUGUUUCAGCUACACAUCAUGGAGCUGAAAAAGGAAGACAGUGGCAGCUACACGUGCCAGGCAGAUGGCGUGGAGACCACAGCCUCUGUGUCUGUGAAAGAGUUGACUUUCCUCUGUGUCCAGUUAAAGUUCUCAUUGAGAAGAAUCUCCGGGACACCGUCAUCAUGGAAGGGGAGACAGCCACCUUAUCCUGUACGACCUCUGACCUCACUACCCCCUGUCACAUGGAGACUCAACAACAUGCCCCUACUGAACAGAGACAAGUAUGAGAGCCGUAAGGAGGGAAAGCUCAACCUGCUUCUCAUCCACAAUGUGGACCCAGAUGACUCUGGGAUAUACUCUUGCGACACUGGAGACAUGCAGAGCAGCGCCAAUCUGACUGUCACAGAGCUGCCUCCAUACUUUGAGGAGGAGCUGCAGGCUGUGGAGGCUGAGGAAGGGGGCACGGCCUUCCUAUCCUGUGAGCUGUCUAAGCCUGGAGUCCAAGUCCAGUGGAGGAAGGGCCGGCUGCCUCUCCAGCCCAACAGGAAGUACCAGAUGAAGCAGGACGGCUGUGUGUUUCAGCUACACAUCAUGGAGCUGAAAAAGGAAGACAGUGGCAGCUACACGUGCCAGGCAGAUGGCGUGGAGACCACAGCCUCUGUGUCUGUGAAAGUUAAAGUUCUCAUUGAGAAGAAUCUCCAGGACACCGUCAUCAUGGAAGGGGAGACAGCCACCUUAUCCUGUACGACCUCUGACCUCACUACCCCUGUCACAUGGAGACUCAACAACAUGCCCCUAUUGAACAGAGACAAGUAUGAGAGCCGUAAGGAGGGAAAGCUCAACCUGCUUCUCAUCCACAAUGUGGACCCAGAUGACUCUGGGAUAUACUCUUGCGACACUGGAGACAUGCAGAGCAGCGCCAAUCUGACUGUCACAGAGCUGCCUCCAUACUUUGAGGAGGAGCUGCAGGCUGUGGAGGCUGAGGAAGGGGCACAGCCUUCCUAUCCUCUACACAUCAUGGAGCUGAAAAAGGAAGACAGUGGCAGCUACACGUGCCAGGCAGAUGGCGUGGAGACCACAGCCUCUGUGUCUGUGAAAGUUAAAGUACUCAUUGAGAAGAAUCCCCGUGACACCGUCAUCAUGGAAGGGGAGACAGCCACCUUAUCCUGUACGACCUCUGACCUCACUACCCCUGUCACAUGGAGACUCAACAACAUGCCCCUACUGAACAGAGACAAGUAUGAGAGCCGUAAGGAGGGAAAGCUCAACCUGCUUCUCAUCCACAAUGUGGACCCAGAUGACUCUGGGAUAUACUCGUGCGACACUGGAGACAUGCAGAGCAGCGCCAAUCUGACUGUCACAGAGCUGCCUCCAUACUUUGAGGAGGAGCUGCAGGCUGUGGAGGCUGAGGAAGGGGGCACGGCCUUCCUAUCCUGUGAGCUGUCUAAGCCUGGAGUCCAAGUCCAGUGGAGGAAGGGCCGGCUGCCUCUCCAGCCCAACAGGAAGUACCAGAUGAAGCAGGACGGCUGUGUGUUUCAGCUACACAUCAUGGAGCUGAAAAAGGAAGACAGUGGCAGCUACACGUGCCAGGCAGAUGGCGUGGAGACCACAGCCUCUGUGUCUGUGAAAGUUAAAGUACUCAUUGAGAAGAAUCCCCGUGACACCGUCAUCAUGGAAGGGGAGACAGCCACCUUAUCCUGUACGACCUCUGACCUCACUACCCCUGUCACAUGGAGACUCAACAACAUGCCCCUACUGAACAGAGACAAGUAUGAGAGCCGUAAGGAGGGAAAGCUCAACCUGCUUCUCAUCCACAAUGUGGACCCAGAUGACUCUGGGAUAUACUCGUGCGACACUGGAGACAUGCAGAGCAGCGCCAAUCUGACUGUCACAGAGCUGCCUCCAUACUUUGAGGAGGAGCUGCAGGCUGUGGAGGCUGAGGAAGGGGGCACGGCCUUCCUAUCCUGUGAGCUGUCUAAGCCUGGAGUCCAAGUCCAGUGGAGGAAGGGCCGGCUGCCUCUCCAGCCCAACAGGAAGUACCAGAUGAAGCAGGACGGCUGUGUGUUUCAGCUACACAUCAUGGAGCUGAAAAAGGAAGACAGUGGCAGCUACACGUGCCAGGCAGAUGGCGUGAGACCACAGCCUCUGUUUAAAGUACUCAUUGAGAAGAAUCCCCGGGACACCAUCAUCAUGGAAGGGGAGACAGCCACCUUAUCCUGUACGACCUCUGACCUCACUACCCCUGUCACAUGGAGACUCAACAACAUGCCCCUACUGAACAGAGACAAGUAUGAGAGCCGUAAGGAGGGAAAGCUCAACCUGCUUCUCAUCCACAAUGUGGACCCAGAUGACUCUGGGAUAUUCUCUUGCGACACUGGAGACAUGCAGAGCAGCGCCAAUCUGACUGUCACAGAGCUGCCUCCAUACUUUGAGGAGGAGCUGCAGGCUGUGAAAGCUGAGGAAAGAGGCACAGCCUUCCUGUCCUGUGAGCUGUCUAAGCCUGGAGUCCCAGUCCAGUGGAGGAAGGGCCAGCUGCCUCUCAGGCCCAACAGAAAGUACAAGAUGAAGCAGGACGGCUGUGUGUUUCAGCUACACAUCAUGGAGCUGAAGCCCGAGGACAGUGGCAGCUACACGUGCCAGGCAGGUGGCGUGGAGACCACCGCCUCUGUGUCUGUGAAAGUUAAAGUACUCAUUGAGAAGAAUCCCCGGGACACCGUCAUCAUGGAAGGAGAGACGGCCACCUUAUCCUGUACGACCUCUGACCUCACUACCCCUGUCACAUGGAGACGCAACAACAUGCCCCUAUUGAACAGAGACAAGUACGAGAAUUGUAAGCAGGGCAAGCUCAACCUUCUUCUCAUCCACAAUGUGGACCCAGAUGACUCUGGGAUAUACUCCUGUGACACUGGAGACAUGCAGAGCAGCGCCAAUCUGACUGUCACAGAGCUGCCUCCAUACUUUGAGGAGGUGCUGCAGGCUGUGGAGGCUGAGGCGGGGGGCACAGCCUGCCUGUCCUGUGAGCUGUCUAAGCCUGGAGUCCCAGUCCAGUGGAGGAAGGGCCAGCUGCCUCUCAGGCCCAACAGGAAGUAUCAGAUGAAGCAGGACGACUGUGUGUUUCAGCUACACAUCUUGGAGCUGAAGCACGACGACAGUGGCAGCUACACGUGCCAGGCAGGUGGUGUGGAGACCACUGCCUCUGUGGCAGUAAAGCCUCUCCCAGCCAAGACAGAACCUCCCAAGACAAUGCCUCCCACAAAGGCUCCCACAAAGGCUGUAUCUCCUACUCCUCCACCAGAGGAGGCCCAUCCUGGCCCUCCAGAGCCAAAGAAAUGUGGCAUGGCCCGGGCAUCCAUUGUGGAGUCAGAGAAAGACCUGGAGCCUGAGGAAAAAGAGACAGUGGUAGACCUACAUGAGAAAAUGUCAUUAAGGUCUAUGGGUAAUCAGACUAAGGUAGACCAGCAGGAGAAACAGCAAGUGAAACAGACAGUAAGUAUGGUGAAGGAUACCAUAGUAGAAAAGACAGAGAAACAGCUAGUACCACCAUUGAGGUCUAAAGGGAAGGAAGCAUCUAUGGUGAAGGAGACACAGAUAGACCAGAGGGAGAAAGAGCCAGUGAAACUGCCAGUAAGAGCUAUGGUGAGGGACACAGAGGAACAGAAGUCAUUGAAGUCUAUGGUGAAGGAGAUUGAAGUAGACCACGUGGUGAAACAGCCUGUGCCACCAGCGAGACAAGCAUCUAUAGUGUCGGAUGAUGGGGUAGACGAGGUGAGGAAACAGCCAGUUCCACCAGCGAGACGAGCAUCUGUAGUUUCAGUUUCGGAUCCUGGGGUAGACGAGGUAAGGAAACAGCCAGUUCCACCAGCGAGACAAGCAUCUGUAGUGUCGGAUGCUGGGAUAGACCAAGUGGUGAAACAGCCAGUUCCACCAGCGAGACGAGCAUCUGUAGUUUCAGUUUCGGAUCCUGGGGUAGAUGAGGUAAGGAAACAGCCAGUUCCACCAGCGAGACAAGCAUCUGUAGUGUCAGAUGCUGGGAUAGACCAAGUGGUGAAACAGCCAGUUCCACCAGUGAGACGAGCAUCUGUAGUUUCAGUUUCGGAUCCUGGGGUAGACGAGGUAAGGAAACAGCCAGUUCCACCAGCGAGACAAGCAUCUAUAGUGUCCGAUGCUGGGGUAGACGAGGUGAGGAAAUGGACAGUUCAACCAGCGAGGCGAGCAUCUGUAGUUUCAGUUUCGGAUACUGGGGUAGAUGAGGUGAGGAAACAGCCUGUGCCACCAGUGAGGCGAACAUCUGUAGUUUCAGUUUCGGAUACUGUGAUAAACGAGGUGAGGAAACAGCCAGUUCCACCAGUGAGACGAGCAUCUGUAGUGUCGGAUGCCAAGAUAGACCAAGUGGUGAAACAGCAAGUUCCACCAGCGAGACGGGCAUCUGUAGUGUCGGAUGCUGGGAUAGAGCAAGUAGUGAAACAGCCAGUUCCACCAGCGAGACAAGCAUCUGUAGUGUCGGAUUCUGGGAUAGACCAAGGGAUGAAACAGCCAGUUUCACCAGCAAGACAAGCAUCUGUAGUGUCGGAUGCUGGGGUAUAUGAGGUGAGGGAAGGGACAGUCCCAGAGGCGAGACGAACAUCUAUAGCGUCGGAUAAUGGGGUAGACGAGGUGAGGAAACGGCCAGUUCCACCAGCGAGGCGAGCAUCUGUAGUUUCAGUUUCGGAUACUGUGAUAAACGAGGUGAGGAAACAACCAGUUCGACCAGCGAGACAAGCAUCUGUAGUGUCGGAUGCUGUGAUAGAGCAAGUAGUGAAACAGCUAGUUCCACCAGCUAGACAAGCAUCUGUAGUGUCAGAUUCUGGGAUUGAGCAAGGGAUGAAACAGCCAGUUCCAGCAGCGAGGCGAGCAUCUGUAGUUUCAGUUUCGGAUACUGGGGUAGAUGAGGUGAGGAAUCAGCCAGUGCCACCAGCGAGACGAGCGUCUGUAGUUUCAGUUUCAGAUACUGGGGUAGACGAGAUGAGGAAGCAGCCAGUUCCACCAGUGAGACGAGCAUCUGUAGUGUCGGAUUCUUGGAUAGACCAAGGGAUGAAACAGCCAGUUCCACCAGCGAGACGAGCAUCUGUAGUGUCGGAUGCUGGGGUAGACGAGGUGAGGAAACGGCCAGUUCCACCAGCGAGGCGAGCAUCUGUAGUUUCAGUUUCGGAUACGGUGAUAAACGAGGUGAGGAAACAGCCAGUGCCACCAGCGAGACAAGCAUCUAUAAUGUCAGAUGCUGGGGUAGACGAGGUGAGGAAACAACCAGUUCCACCAGCGAGACAAGCAUCUGUAGUGUCGGAUGCUGGGAUAGAGCAAGUAGUGAAACAGCUAGUUCCACCAGCUAGACAAGCAUCUGUAGUGUCAGAUUCUGGGAUUGAGCAAGGGAUGAAACAGCCAGUACCAGCAGCGAGGCGAGCAUCUGUAGUUUCAGUUUCGGAUACUGGGGUAAAUGAGGUGAGGAAACAGCCAGUGCCACCAGCGAGACGAGCGUCUGUAGUUUCAGUUUCAGAUACUGGGGUAGACGAGAUGAGGAAGCAGCCAGUUCCACCAGUGAGACGAGCAUCUGUAGUGUCGGAUUCUGGGAUAGACCAAGGGAUGAAACAGCCAGUUCCACCAGCGAGACGAGCAUCUGUAGUGUCGGAUGUUGGAGUAGAUGAGGUGAGGAAACGGCCAGUUCCAGCAGUGAGGCGAGCAUCUGUAGUUUCAGUUUUGGAUAAUGGGGUAGACGUGGUGAGGAAACAGCCAGUUCCACCAGCGAGACGAGCAUCUGUAGUAUCGGAUGUUGGGAUAGACCAAGUAGUGAAACAGCCAGUGCCACCAGCGAGACGAUCAUCUAUAGUGUCCGAUGCUGGGGUAGAACAGAUAAUUAGAUCUUUUAGAUCUAAAAAGGACCUAGAUGUAGAAAUAGACAAUCAGGAGAAACAGCCAGUGAAGUAUAUGGUGAAGGAGACAGAGAUAGAACAGAGGGAUAAACAGCCAGCAAGGUCUACAGUACAGGAGACUGAAAAACCCAAGAUGGCGGAGGACGAUAACCAACUCCAUAUCUCAGAGGAUGAGUCCUUCACUGAGGCCCCCACCCAGGUAACAGUCAACCAGAAGACCAGCAAGCCUGUAGUCGCUGUUGCUGGAGUUCCCAAGGGGCUACAGAUGACUCAGCAAGUUGACGAGAUUGCACCUGACAGUGUCGAGGAUGAACAUGAGAUGCUGGAAGCUGCCAUUAAGAUCCAGGCAGCUUUCAAGGGAUACAAGACCCGCAAAGACAUGCGGCCUGUCUUCAAGCAGGUGUUUAAGAACCAGAGUGCUGAGAUCAACGGUACCAUCGAGCUGGAGUGCGUGGUGGAAGGAAAGCUCAACGCAGUACGCUGGCUGAAGAACAGCCAGGAGAUCAUAGGAGACCAACGCCACAACAUGAACACCUCAGAGGAUGGCAUCUGCACACUGGUGAUCAUCAACAUGUCUGCCAUAGACACUGGGGUCUAUACCUGUGAGGUGGUCAACAACUUUGGUGUGACCUCAUAUAAUGGCAACAUUACUGUGGGUGAACCUCAAAAGCCUCCAUCCUCUACCCAGAGGCCUGCAGCCCCAGCCCCAGCCCAGCCCUCCAGCCCUUCUGUGCACCCAGUCCUGGCCUCCAUUGGCCCUCUCCAGCCAGGCCAGACCUCCACCUCCGGGAAGGAGACUAUGGAUUCUGUGGUGAGUGAGGGGAUCUCCCUGUGGCAGGCCUACAAUCUGACCGAGGAGGAUUCCCACAUGACCCUGCAGGAGAGGAGGAGGGCCUCCCUUAUCACUGCCAGCUCUAUGUCUAGUCCCUCUGACUACGACACAGCUCCAGAUUUCAUAGAGCCUGCUGACAUAAUCCCCAAAGAUCACCCCAGGGAAAAGGAAGCCAUUAAGUCAGAGGACCAGUUACCCCAUAAGGAGGAGAAAGAACAGAAAGUCAUCCCUCAACCACAGAGGCAUUUGAAUGUCCAAGCACCUGAUGCCAUGUUGAGGACUCCAUCCCCCAAACACCAUCGUGGCCACACUCCUACUGCUCUUACAGGCUCUGGCUCGGAGUCAGAUGGGGACGAGGAUGGAAUAGAGACAUUUGAUAUCUACGUGGCCAGAGCUAACUGCAGCCCUCAACAAGGUGGCAACAAGGAGAGCUUUGUGUUGAAGGAGGGUCAAUACGUGGAGGUCUUGGACUCUAUCCACCCGGAUAAGUGGCUGGUCCGCACCAAGCCCUCCAAGACCACCCCCUCACGCCAAGGAUGGGUCUCUCCUGCAUACCUGGAGAAGAAGAGAAAGGAGACAUUCCCACAAAUGAGGACACCACAACAGGAGCUGGAUGUAUCAGGGUCUACAGGGGAGGAGUACAGGAGAACACUAAGCCAAUUAAUCCAGGGACUGAUUGAUGGGGAGGAAGAGUUUGUGAAAGAGAUGAAGGACUUUACGUCCCACCACCUACACCACUUAGACACCAGCCCUCAUGUCCCUAUCAACAUCAUCAACCAGAAAGAAACCAUCUUCCGCAAUAUAAAGGACAUCAUGGCUUUACACGAGAGAUCUAUUCUGCCCAGUCUGAGUGAGUGUUCUACUGACGAUGAAGUGGCCAUGCACCUGGUCAAACAUGCAAUGGACUUUGAAAAGUAUCUGCAGUACAUGGUGGGCCAAACACAGGCAGAGGCCUGUGUCACUGACAAGACCAUCCAGCAGUACUUCAAGCAAAACACAGAAACUAAGCCUGAGCACCCCGAAACUGCAGUCCUGGAUGUCAUCACCUUCUUACAGAGACCAGUGGAGAGGAUUCAGACUUACCAGGCCUUGCUCAAGGAGCUGAUCAAGAACAAGGCUAAGUGUGCGAAAAGCUGCCUUCUACUGGAGGAUGCCUUCUCCAUGGUGUCCUGUCUGCCCUGGCGCUCUGACAACCUACACCAGGUGUCUCUGAUUGAGAACUACCCUGCCCCACUCACUGCACUGGGAGAACCUGUCCGCCAGGGUCCUUUCACUGUGUGGGAGGAGUCUCCCGAGAUCAAGACGUCCUCCAGGGGGCACCAGAGGCAGGUGUUCCUCUUCAAGGACUGUGUCUUGCUGUGUAAGCUCAAGAGAGACCCUGGCAUGAACACUGACACCUACGCCUUCAAGAACAAGAUGAAGCUGAAUGAUAUGGAGGUGAAGGAGACGGUGGGGGGAGAUGAUAAGUCGUGGGGGCUGUGGCACGAGCACCGAGGCUCAGUGAGGAGGUACACACUGCAGGGUCGCUCUGCCCUUCUCAAGCUGUCCUGGCUCAAAGACCUGAGAGAGCUGCAGCAACGCUCCAGCCUGACUGCCAGCAGUCCACCAGAGUUUGAAGUUCUCCUGGCUGACUGCACCACAAAGAUUGGGCAAACAAUCAAACUGGCCUGCAAAGUCACAGGAACACCAAAACCAGUGGUCAGCUGGUUCAAAGACGGCCUGGCCCUAGAGGACGGCCCCCACCACAUCAUCACUGCAGACCGGGCAGGCACCUGCUGUCUCAUCCUGGAUGGGGUCAGUCCUGAGGACUCUGGACAGUACGUGUGCUACGCUUCCAGCUCUGUGGGCCAUGCUAGCACACUGGCCAAGAUAGUGGUGGAUGCACCCCCCAGGUUCAUUACCAGGCUGCAGAGUGCAUGUCUGCUGGAGGGAGAGGACAUCCAGUUUACCUGCUCCACACACAGUUAUCCUUUACUCCGAGUCAGUUGGUUUAAGGAUGGCAGAGAGCUGACAGACCAGAGGAAGUACCACAUAGAGAGUGAUGCCCGCAGUGGGAUCCUCACGCUCACCAUCAUGAACCCUGGAGAGACAGACCUGGGACAGUAUGAGUGUGAGCUGUGGAACAAGUUGGGCAGUGCCAAGAGUAAGGCAGAGAUGUGCUCCGCCUUUGCACAAGUGAUGGACAGUGAGCCUGACCAACCACAGGUCAUCUUGACCAAAGGUAGGAGAGUUCCCUCCACCAAAUCAAGUCCCCGAACAGGAAGUACCUCACAGAGCCUUCAUCAUGUUCACAGUAUCAUGGACCCAGUGCAUGUGGAUGGGUCCUCUCUCCUCUCCAAUGCAUGCCCAGUUAACUCUCCACAACUACCCAUACAAGAUGUAAUGAUUUUGGAUUAUGAGACCCUAACAGAACCUAAGAGCAUCUGUCAGUAUGAGAGUGGUGUCAUUGUGCUUCCAGACUCAGACUCAGAGGGCUGGUCCACAGCCAUGGUGAAGCAAUGGCUGCAGACAGACUUCCACCCCACCUCUAUCGUCAAAAUGCCCUUCCAGCCUGGAUACCCUCAGCCAGCCGAGGGUAGCCAAGAGGAAAGGGACCCUACCGCCAGUGACUACGUGGAGGUUCCACAGUUCCCCACUGAGCUUGAGGAGAGACCUGAGGUUGAGGAGGUACUUUAUGUUCCUGAGGCCAUAGAGGAAAUGCCAACAGCUCCUCCCUCCAUCCAGGUGCCGGUAGAGGACCUGUGUGUGGAGCCUGGUCAAUCAGCUACCUUCACCAUCAUCAUCACAGGAAGGCCCACUCCCGAGAUUCAGUGGUACAAGGAUGGAGAGGAGCUGUUGGCCAAUGAGAAUGUGGAGGUGGUCCAGAAUGGUGCCCGCUGCUCUCUGACUGUGCUGUGCCCGGAGAGCGAGGAUGGUGGCAUCUACACCUGCUGGGCCUAUAACGACUUAGGACACACCUCCUGUCAGGCUCAGCUCACAGUGGAGGAGGGUCCACUGGAGUCGCAGGAGAGAGAGGUGGAGCUUGGGAAGAGGAGGAAGCUGCUGUCUGUGUAUGACGUCCAUGAGGAGAUUGGGAGAGGCACAUAUGGGGUGGUGAAGCGGGUUACCCACAGGAGGACUGGUGAGGACUUUGCCGCCAAGUUCCUGCCCCUGAGGAGCAGUACAAGGACCAGGGCGUUCCAGGAGAGGGACCUGCUCUCCCGGCUGGCCCACCCCAGGGUGGCCUGUCUGCUGGACUUCUUCUCUACACGCAGGACCCUGGUCCUGGUCACUGAAGUCUGCUCUUCUCAUGGUCUUCUUGAUCAUUUGCUGUUGAAGGGAUCAGUCAGUGAGAGAGAGGUGCAGAUGUACAUUCAGCAAAUCCUGGAGGGAGUUGGUCACAUCCACAGCAUGAACAUCCUACAUUUGGACAUCAAACCGGACAAUAUCCUGAUGGUGUUUCCACCCAGAGAGGAGAUCAAGAUCUGUGACUUUGGGUUCUGUCAGGAGAUAGACACUUCCAGACACCAGUAUAGCAAGUUUGGCACUCCUGAGUUUGUAGCCCCUGAGAUCAUACAUCAAGACCCUGUCACUAUAGCAAGUGAUAUCUGGUCUAUUGGUGUUGUGGCCUAUUUAUGUCUGAUGUGCCGCUGUCCGUUCAUGGGGGAGACGGACCGGGCCACUCUGCUGAGGGUGGGGGUGGGGACACUGAACUGGGACGCACCUGACCUCACCUACAGGAGCACCGGGGCCCAGGGCUUCCUCCGCACAGUCCUGCAGCCAGACCCAGAAAAGCGACCAACUGCAUUUGAGUGUCUGGGGCAUGAAUGGUUCCAGAGCGAACAUGAGGAUGACACUGAUGAUAUCAAUACAAGGGCUCUGAAAGUCUUCAUCGCAAGGAGAAAAUGGCAGCGUUCUCUGACCUGCCUGGGCUCGGUGCUAAUCCUGAAGCCCAUCCCAGAGCUGCUCGAUGCCCCUCUUCGGGAGACCUCCAUCACAGCCCCCCGGGACCCCCAUGAGCUCAGCAGCACCUCCAUGAGCAGCGGCUCCUCCUCUGAGUACGACGAGGCCGACUCCUGGGACUUCUUCCAUCACUGCACCACCGCCGACGAGGAUGAGGAGGAGGAAGAAUUCGACCCCGUCAUGGAGAGAGCCAGGAUCCCUGAGCCCUUUGCCAAACUGAAAUUGGACGAAGAGGAGGAGGAGGAGGAGGAGGAGAUGGGAGGACGGAGGAGCGUGCUGGAGAGGAGCAUAAGCAGGCAGUCCGUAGGGUCCUCAGACGCCUCACAGCAGCCGACCCCCCAGAGGGAGAGGAGGGUCAGCCGAGACAGCAGCCCGUCCCUAUACCUCUCCGAGGGGGAUGAUGGCUCCGCGUCCGGGAGUGAAGGAGGCCGCAUCGCCAGGAGCAGCCUGAUCCGCAGCACUUUCUACAACAGCUCCGCGCAGCUCUCGCCCAUGUCCGCUCGUCACAUGACCCUCAGGGACAAGUUCCAGGCCAAGAAGCAGGAGAGAGGCCGCAAGCCGCUCCGCAGAAGCCUUUCUAGCCGCCUCAACGAGCCUCUCAUUGAGUACGUGGAGGACGAGGGAGAGACCAAUCAUGGGCAAAGGCGAGGGUCUUUGCAGUCGUCCAUGCUCAAGUCCUGCUCCUUUGACAGCGGGGUCGGCCUCUCGCACAAUGCACCACCGCAGAGGAGGAGCAGGUCUUUGGACGAGUACUCCCGACGCUCACCAGGAUCCGCCAAAUGCAAAGAAGAGGAGAGUGCUUUGAAUCUUAAGGAGGAUUUCACUGAUGAGGAGGAAGAGGAGAAGAGCUUGGACGUUCCCCCUCCCCAAGUCAGAGGUUCGGUGGCAGUGGCUCCCACUCAGCUUAUGGCCAGGCUUCAGAAACUGUGUGCAAAAUCGCCCCAUGCUGGUCCAGGGAAGAGCCCCAGACCAGAGCAGGAGAGACCAGGGGAGGAAGAGGCAGGGAACCUGGCUGGCUCUCAUUACUCCUUGGCUGAGUCCCUCAUCCUGGAGCAUGGCUCUGAGGCCUCCAGCAGACUGGGCUCCUGUGAGGAGCUGUCCCACAGCUGCCCUGCAGCCACACACAGAGGGAGAGCAGGGGAUGAGUAUGAUGACCAGGAGGAGCCCCUGAUCACUCCAUCCCCCUGCUCCCUGCUCCAGGGUUCUGAGGCUGAGGAAGCUGAUCAGGAGCCCCAGCACCGGACCGGCCAACUUCAGAUCCUACCGAGAAGGACAACCCACUCCAACCAGAACUCAAUGGCCAGAAAUAAUGGUAAGGUAGAGAAGACGGCCAUGCCGGUGAAACCCAGCCCCAGCCUGUCCUUCAAGGCCCCAGAGAGGCCCUCGAGGGCCAGCGAUACAGAGGCACGACUCCAGAGGCACGCGUCCACCUCGGCCCUCCAGGCCAAACCACCCACGGGGAAGUCUCCCAGGAUGUCACCCAAGGUUGGGUUGAUGAAUCUGUUCCGUAGGCAGUCCUGGGCGGGGCAUUCAUACUCGCAGCUGGAGGGCGUGGAGCAUGGACCCACACUAGGGGAAUUGCAGCCCAAAACCCCCACCAUGUCACUCAGGAAAAAGAUGAGGGCAUCAGCCUCUAGCCUCACCAAUCUGUUCACUAAAUCGUCCAGCAAGGAGGACUUAACAAAGGGAGGGCCGAUUGUAAAGGGUGCAUCUCCUGCUCUACCUGAGAAAGAGGGGAGCCCUGGCUUGGAGAGUCCUAAAAAGAAGUCCAAAUUAUUUUCCUUUAAAAUACCUAAAAUACCUGCAUUCAAGAAGAACAAAGAGAUGCCCAUCCACCCCACCAGGCCUGAUGUGCACCAGUUGGAGGCAGGUGGAUUUCUGCUGGUAUGGAGACCAGUGCAGUCCAGCGACCCAGUGGUUUACUGUGUUCAGUACAGCACAGAUGGUGGGGAAUGGAAGCUACUGUGCGAGGAGGUGACAGACAGUUGCUACGUGGUGAAGGACUUACCCAGAGGAGCAGGAUACGUGUUCAGGGUGGGCUGCAUCACCAAGAAGGGGGCAGGACCUUUCAGUGACCCUUCACCACCUGUUGUUAUGGCAACCCAUCCUGAAGAGACCCACAUUCCCCUCAUCCAGACCGAGUCCCCAGGAUCACAGGGCAGUGGAUCAAGAGAUCAACCUAGCCACAAGACCUACAGCUUCCUCUCAGAGAUCAACAGGGGUCGUUUCAGCGUGGUGACCCAGUGCCAGGACAGCCAGAGCCAGCAGCUGUUUGCUGCCAAGAUCACCCCCUACAGGCCAGAGAAGAGAGAGCUGGUGCUCAGGGAGUACCAACUGCUUAAGAGGCUCAACCACCCCCACCUGGUGCAGCUGCACACGGCCUACAUUACCCCCCACUACCUGGUGCUCAUCCAGGAGCUGUGUGCUGGCAGAGAGCUGCUCCACAACCUGGCUAAGAGAGAUCUGUAUGCUGAACUCCAUGUGGCAGAGCUGCUGGCUCAGAUCCUGAGUGCUGUGGACUACCUGCACGGCCGCCGCGUCGUCCACCUGGACCUCAAGUCUGAUAACAUGCUGGUGACGGACCGCAACAUGCUGAAGAUCGUAGACCUGGGCUCCGCUCAGUCCUUCACACCCGGACAGACACUCAACAUAGAGCACAUUCAGGGACAAGAGAAAGUUUACAUUGUCCUUCCUAAAGCUCCAGAAAUCCUCGACGGACAAGGAGUCGGACCUGAGACCGACAUCUGGGCUAUUGGGGUUUUGGCUUUUAUAAUGUUGAGUGCAGAUAGCCCGUUCCAUUCAGACCUCAACUGGGAGAGGGACAGAAACAUCCGGAAGGGGAAAAUCCAGUUUGGCCGCUGCUACCCUGGCCUGUCAGAGGGAGCAAUCAACUUCAUGAAGAACACACUGAGCAACAAGGCCUGGGGGAGACCCUCGGCGGCUGAGUGCCUCCAGAACCCGUGGGUAGGGGGCGAGCGGGCCCCCUCCAAACACAGAGACUCCAUCUUGUGUUUCUCCACUGACAAGCUGCAGGCCUUCCUCAAGGAGAGAGAGGUGAAACGAGACCAGGUCCGCACCAAGCUGCAAGGGCCGUUCUUCCAGUGAACUGCUCUUCCAGUAGGACUGUUAGGAAAUACAAAUUAGCUGGAGCUGGAUGAGAUCUCUUCAUAGCCCAGAUCCUGAUCACAAAUAUGUGAUGUCUUACAAAUGUUGACCUAAAGUGGAGAGUGGUCAAAUGUGUACGUAUUAAUGGCUGCCUAGAGUUUUGUUAAAAGUUUAUAUGUCUGAAUGAGUUGGACUUUGGCUUUGGUUGAAUUACGGCGCCAUGAUAUCAGGGAAAUUUUUUGUUAAAUGCUUUAUGCAAAUACUGUUGCAUGAGUUUGAAAACAUGAUGAUAUUGAUGUGUAAAUACAUCAUCCCUUUGAGUUUGCAGCAUUGGACACUAAUUACAUUUUACAUUUACAUUUUAGUCAUUUAGCAGACGCUCUUAUCCAGAGCAAUUUACAGUUAGACAUUUAUAAUAACAAAGGCUGUUGCAUCUAGCCAUUCAGAAAAUGUUUUUGUGUUUUUUGUGAAUCUUGACAAUAUGUUUGUGGUUCAUUAGCCAAAGGGAAAGAUCAGAGGAGGGGCCCCUACCAGUAUACAGGGCCCCUACCAGUAUACAGCUUUGUCUCACAAAGUGAGGAACAUUGAAAUCCCUUUCGGUAGAUACAUAUUUAUAGACAGAUUUUUAUACAGUA